AUGGGCGCCGCGGGCCAGCGCGGGCCGCCCACCGCCCGCCCCGCCGCCCGCCGCCGCUCCGCCCAUUUAAAACCACAGUGCCGGCACCGCGGGGCCGCCGCUGCGCCCCGACACCGGGAGGGGGUCUCUAUGCCCAGCAGCCCUCCAGCUCCCGGGCCUGGCUCCAGGCCUGGCCCUCCAUCCCAGCCUCAGCCCCGGCCUCCGGCCUCCGGCCCCGGCCCCCGCCUCCGAUGCUGGCCGGAGCUGUUCGCCGCGGCGGUGCUGGAGCGGCGCAGGACAGAGGCAGGAGAGCCGGGCUCGGUGCCUGCGGGUCCCUCGGUAACGCCCGCUGUGCGGGGAGAGGGUGAAGGGCCCCCGCGGGAGGAGAAAGGCGCCGAGGUGCUAACCCCCGACAGCGUGGCUGGGCCCACACAGCUCGCCAUGCAGGACGGCGGGAGCAGUGCGGGUCCGCAGGGCACACAGCUCCAGCGCCGGGGCAGCGCUAGAGGGAAAGUGGGGAAGGUGCUGGAGCGCAGCGCCGUGGGACACCCGCCAGGCUCUACCACCCGGCCUGUGCUCCGUGGAGGCUUCGCACUGCCUUUGGGGGACACACAUGCUCCUGCCUGUCCAGCUCUCUGCAGGGCGUGGGGCUCAGCGCCUCCAGUGCAUGCUCUGGUUUCCCCAGCGAGUACAGAGUGA